CUCCUAACGUCCACCAUGCCGGGAAUGUGGACGACCGCCGACCACAUCGAUCUGCUUCGGCGGUCACUCAAGACGGCCGUCCCGUACACGAGCGGUGUACAGGCCUUGCGGAAGGAGGACUUGGGCCUGUUUUACCGCAGCGCACAACUUGAAGAGGAGAAGGGGGCUGCACGAUACAUCGACUUCAGCGAGGGGCCAUCCGAAGAGUCACUCGCGCAGCUUGCCAGCGCGUGCCAGAAGGCCACAUUUGGCUCGGAGGCAGCAGAAGGGGAUGUGUUGGAUGAAGAAUACCGCAAGGCGGGGAAGAUCGAUGUGAAAGACUUCUCAGCGCGGUUGGAUAUCGCGGCGGCGGGUAUUCUGGAUGCCAUUGCGCCGGAACUGCUUGUGUCCCAGGACAUGAAGGGCAAGGCUUUGCGGGCGGAGAUGUACAAGCUAAACGUUUAUGGCCCCGGCUCAUUCUUCAAGGCCCACAAGGACACGCCGCGUGGAGACAACAUGCUUGGCUCGCUUGUCGUUGUUUUGCCAACGCGGCACGAAGGCGGCGCGCUAACCCUCUCACAAAACGAGUCGAAAUGGGUCUUUGAUUCCGCCAGCCAGCUUCAAGCUCACUCUGGAUCGUCUGUUGUCGCAUAUGUCGCGUUCUUCAGCGACGUCACGCAUACCGUCGAGCCCGUCACUGCUGGCUACCGCGUAACUCUCACCUACAAUCUCUUCGUCACGCCGGCAUCUGCACCGACCACACGGAUUACUCCGCCGCCCGAGCUCGCAUGCGAAACUUCGCUCCGGGCGCUGUUGGCGGACCCGAAGUGGUUUCCCAAGGGCGGGCAUCUAGCGUUUGGGCUGACACAUCAGUACCCGAUGCCGCGCCCGUACGCCAACAGCUACUCCCGCUCCAGAAACCAGUCAUUUAUCGACACGGCACUGCUCAAGGGGUGCGACGCCCGGCUGCGGAACGCGGCAGUGCGGGCCGGGCUUCAACCGCAAGUCCGGUUGAUGUACCGCAUCCGCGAGGACGGGUAUGCUGGCUCGCCAGCUCUUAUCGUGAUGGACGACCCGGUGGAGAUCGGGGACGUGUACGAGGAGUUUGAUAUGGACUUUGAGAUUCAGGAGCAGGGAACGAUCUUUAAAGAGGUCAACGAGCGCGGGCGGGUGCCGAGUAAGGGCACUGACACGGAGCGUGCAGCGAAGCGGCAGAAGACGGGCGAGGACGAAGCUGCGGCCGAACCUGAGGAGGAUGCAAGGGAGGAAGAUGGGGAACCGGUAUAUUGGGUGACCCCGCCUGGGGAGAAGAACGAGGCGGAGAGCGGUUAUGGCGGGUAUAUGGGCAACGACUAUGGGCAGGGCUUCGUGUAUGGCCAUGCGGAGUUGUUUGUGCGGAUCCCGAAGGUUGGUGAGGAGGGGCGCGAGGUUUCGGCGGAUGACGAUCAAUAA